AUGGUAUCUGAAAUAAAAAAUAUGAAUGAAAAAGCAGACGAUGGAUACAGUCUAUUAUCAUACUUGAAAGUUCUCCCUGGACAUUCAGAUAAUAGGCGAUUAAAAGUGAAAUGGGAUUGGAGCUCAAUGGAAAUUGCUCAGAGUUUACUUCAACAAGCUAAAAUUUUAUAUUAUAAUAACUUUGAUGUUGAUAUUUCUGGACAAGAGAUUAUACAAGAUUAUAAAGUGAAAGAAUUUGACCUGACCAAUCUUCAUCCUGAUACAAAGUAUUUAAUAUGUUUUCGUGUUACACGUAAGCGAUUUCUUUCACUAGAUCUAAGUAACAAUGAAAGUGUAACAGUUAAACCACCACCACCGCUGCUUCUUCGUUCAAAUAUUACAAAAGCAUCGGAGAGGAAUUCUUCUGUUAAUAACCCUUACCGAAGGAAUAUUGUUCUUGAAAAGACCGGUGCUAGUCAACUAAUUUUCAAUGAUAACUCACCAUUGAAUCGGUCACAUCGUUUACACUCGAUAAAUAUGCCUAAAAUGAAUGAUGAAUAUGUAGCUGAAAUGAAAUGUCAAGUAACCUUUACACAAUUUUUACACUGGACAGCAAUUCUAUGCAGUUUAAUCGGGAUAAUUAUUGCCUUAAUAUUAUCAAUAACAAUAUUUCUUGUCUUAAAAUCUCGUGCUUACCGAACAAAACAUCAUGAUAGAAAAAUGUUUUUAAAUCAAAAAGGUCAAUCAUCAGCACGUAGAAUUGGAAGUGGUGAAGAUGAUGAAGAAGACGGUGAGGAUAUGUCUAGUGCGAAUAAAUUACGUCAUCCGCAUAAUCAUCCCCACCAUCCCCAUCACCACCAUCAUCAUCAUCACCACCACCAACAUCCUCAUUCUGCAUACCAUCAACAUCACCAUCAUCACUGUCAUCAUGUACCACAUACACACAAUCAAAAUCAACAACAUAGUCAUCAUCACUGUCAUUUGAAUUCUUCAAAAAAGUCAUUAGUAGUUAAACAAGAACAUUCUACACGAUGUCCAAAUCAUCAAAAAACUAAAUCCUCUUCAUCAUCAUCAUUAUCUUCACCAUCUUGUCUUAAAUCAUCCGAUAAGACGGGAAUAAUUCGAGAUAAAUCAUCCAGGCAUAAUUUAACGACUACAGAGCUGGUGUGUGAAACGCAUUCAACGAAGCCCAAUAAUAAUAACAAUAAUAAUAAAACAACAAAUGAGUUACAUUUAUCUGAAAAGCAAUUAGAAGAUUGGGAGAAUGAAUUAAAAAAUAUUGAAGAAUCCAAUGAUACUGUAGAUGACAAUACUAAAAAAUCAAUACCCGUAGUAAAACCUCCUGAUGUUGUUAAGAAUAAUAUCAGCAUUCCUACUGUGAAUAGUGUUAAAACUCAAAAGACAUCACAAAGUAUUCCACAGGAUUCAGUAACACUAUUAGAAAGUAUAGAAUCGGUUAAAGAGAUGGAAACAAAGAGGACAGUUUCUUUUAAAGAUGAUACACCUGUACAAAUACAAAUAAAUCAAAAUCCAGUGAAAAAGGAUGUACACUUGACAAAUAUGACAUCAACUCAACACUCGACUUCAUAUGAUUCGCACAAUGAUGACAUAAUGUAUAAUUUGAGCAAACCAAUUAGUAUAUCGGCUAGAGAAUCUCAUCUUAUACACUCUAGACAUCAGAUACCAGAAAAUCUUAUAUCUGAUGGAAAUAAUGAUUCUUUAUUGUUUAAUUCAACGCAUUCUAUAAAUAAACAAGUCAAUGUUAACAAAAAUUUAUCUUAUUCCAGUCAUAAUAAAGACUAUAAUAAAAAGUAUGAAAUAUGUAGUCCACUACUCAGUGAUAUUGAACAAAAACCACAAUCAUCGUCUUUUCAUGAUAAAAAUCUAGCUGAUAAUUUAGUUGA